AUGGCGGCCGCGGCCCCCGCCGCCCCGCCGGCCCCCGGCGAGGCUAAGAGGCCCGAGGGCGAUGAGUGGUGCGACAGCGGGCUGGGCUCGCUGGGCGAGGGACCGCUGGGGCAGCCGCUGCCCGACAGCCCCGGCCCGGAGCUCCCCGAGUCCCCCGUGGACCCCUCGGCCUGGCUGCGGCACGUCCUGAGCUUCGUCACCGAGGACGGCGACACGGCGCUGCACUUGGCCGUGAUCCACGAGCACGAGGAAUUCCUGGAGUCCAUCCUGCGGCACACGGAGCGCUCCCCGUACCUGGACCUGCAGAACGACCUGGGGCAGAGUGCUCUGCACAUCGCGGUGGUGCUGGGGCUGGCGGGGGCCGUGGGGCGGCUGCGGGCGGCGGGUGCAGGGCUCUGUGUGCGGGAGCGGGGGGGGCACACGCCCCUGCACCUCGCCUGUCGUGAGGGGCACCCCGCCUGUGCCCGCGCCCUCCUGGGGGAGCUCCUGGAGGCGGCCCCCGAGCCCCGGCAGCCCCCGGAGACCCCCUCGGAGCCGCAGGGCACAUCGGGGACCCCCCCGGAGCACCAGAAGGAGGAGGAGGAGCUGCGGGCGCAGCUGGAGAGCGUCAACUAUGACGGUUACACCCCCCUGCACGUCGCCGUCCUGCGCCGGGACCUGGAGCUGGUGCAGCUGCUGCUCCGCGCGGGUGCCGACCCCGACAGGCCGGAGCCGAGCUGCGGCCGCAGCCCCCUGCACUUGGCCGUGGAGGCGCAGAGCCCCGAGGUGGCCGAGUGCCUCCUGCGGGGGGGUGCCCGGCCCGACCCCCGCACGUUCUCGGGGUACACCCCCCUGUACAGCGCCCGGCGCCGCCCCGACCCCCGCCUGCCCCCCCUGCUGCGGCACUUUGGGGCCCAGGACCCCCCCAGCGACAGCGACAGCGAUGACAGCGACAGCGAGAGGGGGGCCGAGGACAGUGAGGAAGAGUACGACGAUAUCGUCAUCAACAGCGGGCGCUGCCCAGACUGAGGGGCCCCCAGGGAGCCCCUGCAUGGACUCGGGGGUCCUUCCCCCACCCCCCAGUGUGGAGGAGCCCCCAAAGCUGUCCCUGCCCACCCCCAGGCCUGGGGGGGCCACGGGAGGCUGGGGGGACAACGGGAAAUAAAGGAGGGAA